AUGAAUGCAGUAUGGGUCCCUGGGGCCGUCACCACUGGUGCAGGGGUGAAGAGAGAUGGGCAAAAUGCCACCUGUGAUGGUGGCCUGGCACAUCACAGCUUCCCCAGCUGCACCUUGCUACCAAGGCUGGUGCAGCCUGAUUUUGCUUUGUUGUUUUUUUUUCAGUCCUCUGUGAUGGCCCUCUCCCCAGGAGAGGAUGAGAGACUGGAGCUGUGGCACAGCAAGGCUUGCAAAUGUGAUUGCCAAGGAGGUCCUAACUCGGUGUGGUCCAGUGGGUCUAACAGCUUAGAGUGCAUGCCAGAGUGCCCCUACCACAAGCCCCUUGGCUUCGAGUCUGGCGCUGUCACCCCCGACCAGAUAAGCUGCUCCAACCCUGAGCAGUACACGGGCUGGUACUCCUCCUGGACGGCCAACAAGGCUCGCCUCAACGGCCAAGGCUUUGGGUGUGCAUGGCUCUCCAAGUACCAGGACAAUGGGCAGUGGCUGCAGAUAGACCUGAAGGAGGUGAAGGUGAUCUCGGGGAUCCUGACACAAGGGCGCUGUGAUGCUGACGAGUGGAUGACCAAGUACAGCAUGCAGUACCGCACCGACGAGAGCCUCAACUGGGUCUACUACAAGGACCAGACCGGCAACAACCGGGUGUUCUAUGGCAACUCAGACCGCUCCUCAUCGGUGCAGAACCUGCUGAGGCCUCCCAUCGUGGCUCGCUACAUCCGCCUGAUCCCGCUGGGCUGGCAUGUGCGCAUCGCCAUCCGCAUGGAGCUGCUCGAGUGCUUGCCCAAGUGUGGCUGA